AUGCAAGUCCGGGGCCUCCUCCUCCUCCUCCUGGCGCUGAUCCUGCUGGCUGCCACUGCCGAGGCUGGCAAGAACAAGAAAGAGAAGGUGAAGAAGGAUGGCUCUGAGUGCGAGGACUGGCGCUGGGGACCCUGUGUCCCCAACAGCAAGGACUGCGGCCUGGGCUACCGCGAGGGAGCUUGCAAAGAUGAGAGUAAGAAGCUCAAGUGCAAGAUCCCCUGCAACUGGAAGAAGAAGUUUGGAGCUGACUGCAAGUACAAAUUUGAGAGCUGGGGGGCGUGUAGUGCUCAGACAGGCGUGAAGACUCGCUCAGGCAUCCUGAAGAAAGCGCUAUACAAUGCCCAGUGUGAGGAGAUCGUCUAUGUGACCAAGCCCUGCUCUUCCAAGAUCAAGUCGAAGUCCAAAGCAAAGAAGGGCAAGGGGAAGGACUAG